AUGCCGAGCGGCUCGGACAGCGGCGCGCUGGGGGGAGGCGGGGGCCUCAGCUGGGCCGAGAAGAAGCUGGAGGAGCGCCGCAAGCGGAGGCGGUUCCUGUCCCCGCAGCAGCCGCCGCUGCUGCUGCCGCUGCUGCAGCCGCAGCUCCUGCAGGCGGCCUCCUCCUCCUCCUCCCCCCCGCCCGAACCGGGGUCCGGGUCCGGGUCCGGGUCCUGGCCCGGCGCGGGGAGCCCGGCCUCGUCGUCGGGCGGCCCGCGGCGCGGGGACGGGGCGGAGCGGCGGGCGCGCCGGGACCACCGCGGCAACGGCGGGCGCGGCAAGGACCGACACCGCGACCACCGCCGCCGGGACGCCCAGCGCGGGGCCGCGGACCCCGCCAAGGCCCGCGCCCGGCGCCCGACCGCCGACGCCGACGACCGCAGCUCGUCCUCCAGGACCAACGGCGGGGGCCGCAGAAAGAGCGCCUCGGCCGGGGGCGGCAGCGGCGGCGGCGGCGGCGGCGGGAGCCGCAAGGACCGGGACCCCAAGCCCCGCCGCAGCCGGACUAAGUCGUCGGCCAAGGAGCCGCCGGCCGCCUACAAGGAGCCGCCCAAGGCCUACCGGGACGAGAAGCCCGAGCCCAAGGCCUACCGGCGGCGCCAGCAGCCGUCGCAGCCGACCACGUCGUCGUCCUCGUCCUCCUCCCAGCCGCCGCGGAGGUCCCUCAGCCCGCCCGGCGCCCGCGACGACAGCCCCGGCCCGCACCGACCCGCGCAGGGCUCCAGGAGCCGCAAGUCGCCCGGCUCCCCGCCCGGAGGCGGAGGCGGCGGGGGCUCCGGGGCCAGCCCCUACUCCCGGAGGCCCCGCUCCCCGAGCCCCUACAGCCGCCGCCGCUCGCCCAGCUACAGCCGACACAGCUCCUACGAGCGCGGCGGCGGCGGCGGCGGAGACACCUCCCCCGGGCCCUACGGCGGCGGCGGCAGCAGCUGGCGACGCUCCCGCAGCCCCUACAGCCCCGGGCCCAGGAGAACAGCCAAGUCUCGGAGCAGGAGCCCUUAUUCAUGUCGGCACUCGCGGUCCCGCAGCCGACACAGACUGUCCCGGUCGCGAAGCCGGCAUUCGAGCAUCUCCCCCAGCACCCUGACCCUGAAAAGCAGCCUGGCGGCCGAACUGAACAAGAAUAAAAAAGCCAGAGCCGCCGAGGCAGCCAAAGCUCAGGCGAAAGCGUCCAGCGCCUCCACGCCCACGAAGGGGAAUCCCGACGCGGGGGCCGGCGCGGCCCAGACGAACCACGUGAAGGACCUGAAGAAGCUUAAAACGGAGCACACCCCUUCACCCACCGCCGGCGCCGGCCCGCCCAAGACAGACAAGGCGAAAGCCAAGACCCCCCUGGCCCAAACGGCCAAGAUGGAGAACAACGUGACCGUAGACAAAACCGCCAAGAAAGGGGCGGUAGCCGUCAAAGAGAGUAAACCGGCCGGCCUUAAAGAGGAGCCCAUCCCCCCCACCAAGGAGAAAAGCAAACCGCGGACUCCGAGCGUGGGAGCCAAGGAGAAAGAUCCCCAUUUGGCGUUGGUCACCUCGACGUUGCCCCCUCUACCUUUUCCUCCCAUGCUGCCCGAAGAUAAGGAUGCAGACAGCUUGCGAGCAAGUAUUUCAGUCAAGGCAGUCAAAAAAGAAGUGGAGAAGAAACUUCGCUGUCUACUUGCAGACUUGCCCCUUCCACCGGAGCUACCAGGAGGGGAUGAGUUAUCGAGAAGUCCUGAGGAGAAGAAGACUCCGACACAGCCGCAUGGUAAAAGGAGGCCUAGAAUAUGCGGACCCCGCUUCGGUGAAAUUAAAGAAAAAGAUAUUGAUUGGGGAAAACGCUGUGUGGAUAAAUUCGAUAUCAUCGGAAUCAUUGGGGAAGGCACGUAUGGACAAGUAUAUAAAGCCAGGGAUAAAGAUACAGGAGAAAUGGUGGCCUUGAAAAAGGUGCGCCUGGAUAAUGAAAAGGAAGGCUUCCCAAUCACAGCUAUUCGGGAAAUCAAAAUCCUUAGACAACUCACCCACCAAAGUAUUAUCAACAUGAAGGAAAUAGUAACAGACAAGGAAGAUGCGUUAGAUUUCAAAAAGGACAAAGCCAGAGGCUUGAUAGAGGGAGAAAAGAAAAAAACUGGUGCCCAAGAGAAUCACCUCAUCCGCACCUUCAUCGGUGCAUUCUAUCUGGUGUUUGAAUAUAUGGACCAUGACCUGAUGGGAUUGCUAGAAUCGGGCUUGGUUCACUUUAAUGAAAACCAUAUAAAGUCAUUCAUGAGACAGCUGAUGGAGGGCUUGGAUUACUGCCACAAGAAGAACUUUUUGCAUAGAGAUAUUAAGUGUUCAAAUAUCCUACUAAACAACAGAGGGCAGAUAAAGCUUGCAGAUUUUGGACUUGCUCGCCUAUAUAGCUCCGAGGAAAGUCGCCCCUACACUAACAAAGUGAUCACGUUAUGGUACCGGCCUCCAGAAUUGCUGCUGGGUGAGGAGCGAUAUACGCCAGCUAUUGACGUCUGGAGCUGUGGGUGUAUUCUUGGCGAACUCUUCACUAAAAAACCCAUUUUCCAAGCAAAUCAGGAACUGGCUCAGCUUGAACUAAUAAGCCGUAUAUGUGGAAGCCCAUGUCCUGCAGUGUGGCCUGAUGUCAUAAAACUUCCCUAUUUCAACACUAUGAAGCCAAAGAAGCAAUAUCGACGCAAGCUGAGAGAAGAAUUUGUUUUUAUUCCUCCUGCUGCACUAGAUUUGUUUGACUACAUGCUGGCCUUGGAUCCUAGCAAGCGCUGCACAGCCGAACAGGCUCUUCAGUGUGAGUUCCUGCGGGACGUCGAACCCUCGAAAAUGCCCCCACCAGAUCUUCCUUUGUGGCAAGAUUGUCACGAGCUAUGGAGUAAAAAGCGCCGAAGACAGAAGCAGAUGGGUAUGGCUGACGACACAUCAAGUGCAAAAAUUCCCCGGAAGGACCUGUCGGUGGGCAUGGAUGACAGCAGAACCAGCACCCCACAAGGAAUACAAACUUCUUCCCAACUCAAAUCUCAGGGCAACUGUAGUGUAGCGCUUGGUGAAAAGCAGCUGGAUCCACCGACCCCUCAACAGGAAGUUUCCAGACAGCUGGGGGGCGUGCAGCCCCCCAACCAGCCUCCGCCGCCCAAAGCGGACACGGACGCCGCCCAGGCCGCCGUGCAGAGCGCGUUUGCCGUGUUGCUGUCGCAGCUGAUCAAGGCCCAACAGUCGAAGCAGAAGGACGUGGCCCUGGAGGAGAAGGAGAACGGAGCAGGACUCGAUGGGGUGGGGCUGCCCAAACAGCCCCCAGAGCCUAGCGCUCUGACACCAGGGCAAGAGGACCACAUGCGGGAGAGGAGGGUUUUGGAGCGGAGCCCGGAGCCCGAGCGCCCUCGCAUCCUGCCUCCAGAUCAGCGGCCCCCCGAGCCGCCCGAGCCGCCCCCGUCCUCCGAAGAAGACCUGGAUUAUCGGACGGAGAACCCGCACGGAGCCAGCGCGGGCCCUCCGCCACCGGACCCGCACGCGGGGGUGAAAGCGGCCCUGUUGCAGCUGCUGGCCCAUCACCAGGGUCAGGAGGACGCCAAGGCGGAGCCGGGGGCGGAUUACCCGGCGGGCGACCCGUACGGCCCCAGCGCCGCAGACUACAAAGAUCGUUUCGGACCCUCUUCCUUCUCCUCGGCGCCUUACGUGCGGAACGAUGGGCUCGGCGGGGGAUGCGCCGCCUCGCUAGAAAGGCGAAGCUUCCUCGGGAACGCCGACGUCCAGCCCUUGGAAAGCUACAGUUCCGCUUCAUCUCACUCGGGCGGCCCGCCCCCGCCCCCGCCCCCGCCCCCGCCCCCCGCCUUCUCCGAGUCGUUCCCCGGCGCGGCGGCCGGGUACGGAGACGUUUACCUCAGCAGCGGCCCCAUGCUGUUCAGCGGUGAUAAGGACCACCGAUUCGAGUACAGCCACGGCCCCAUCGCCGUGCUGGCCAACAGCAGCGACCCCCCGCCCGGGCCCGAGAGCACCCACUCUCUGCCCGCAAAGAUGCACAGUUAUAGCUACGGCGGGAGCGUCCAGGAGAGCCCCGGGCGGCCCGGCCUUCUCCACGGCCAGUCGUGGACGGCAGCCGCCCAGGGCGCCGCCUACCCCCAGGGCUACCGGGGACACGUCGGCGCGACGGCCGGCCGGGGGCGAGGCAGAGGACUGCCGUACUGAGUCUCGGUUUUUCCUCAGGCACAUUGUUUUUAUCUGGAAAGAUGUUUUCUAGCUGCAGUUUAAAGCAGCCGUCCGACAGACUUGAAUAAUAUUAAUUCGACAACAGCUUUAUUUUUAUGUGGAAAAGGGUCUCGCAUACAAAAGUUUCAACCCAACCAACCAACCAACCGACCACCACCUUUGCUUAAAAUCCGUGCUGUUCCAAGCAAUCAGACCUACCGACCGUACAUCUUCACAAAUCCUACUUAUCGAUUUAAUUUUGUAUUUGGCAGUUUUAAGUGGAUGCUAAACGGAGGGGCGUGAGCUUUUUACGGCCCUCUGGCUGAGAUCUUCUGAACUAUGCACAUUUGUGCUUUUUUUUGUAAGUUUGGACCAACUUUUAUGUAAAGAAAAAAAAAGUUUUACACCAAUCAGAAAGGGCACUGAUUUAUUUGGUAUUUUUCUUUUUACGCAGCAAAGGUCACUGUCAGUCCUUGCACCUGCUUUCAGUGUUAUUGUGGAGGUGUACUUUGUGCUCAUUUCAGAAAAUAAACACAACCUUUCUCUUGA